UCGGUCUCGGCCUUGGCUCCCGGCUCCGUCCCUGUCCUGGUCUCGGUCUGCGGCUGGAGGCGGGGCCGCCACCAUGGCCCGCCCGGCCCGGCUCCGCUCACGCCCUCCUUCCCUCCCCGCAGGCCAUGCAGCGGCCCGGGCUGUUCGGGCGGCUCAGAGCCGCGGUCAUCGGGAUGGUGCACGUGGGAGCGCUGCCAGGGACACCAAGAAGUUCUCUCCCACUGACCCAGAUCAUUGAUCAAGCCUGUCAAGAGGCAGAAGUUUACAAGGAUGCUGGAGUUGAUGGGUUGAUCCUGGAGAACAUGCACGACGUGCCGUACACGGUGAGCCCGGGCCCGGAGGUCACCGCAGCCAUGGCCGUGAUCGGUGCUGCUGUGAGACAGAGCUGUCCCCACGUCCCUCUGGGUGUCCAGGUGCUCUGUGCUGCCAACCAGCAGGCAAUAGCCAUUGCUCUGGCUGCAGGUCUUGAUUUUAUCCGGGCUGAAGGGUUUGUGUUUUCUCACGUGGCUGAUGAAGGGAUUAUAAAUGCCUGUGCAGGUGACCUGCUACGAUACAGAAAACACAUUGGAGCAGACAACAUUCAGAUUUUUGCUGAUAUUAAAAAGAAGCAUAGUGCUCAUGCCCUCACGGCCGAUGUCAGCGUGGCGCAGACGGCGAGCGCGGCCCAGCUGUUCCUGGCCGACGGCGUGGUGCUCACUGGCACGGCCACCGGGCACCCCACAGACCCCCAGCAGCUGCAAGAGGUGAAGCAAGCUGUGAAGAUUCCUGUGCUGGUUGGGUCUGGAGUGACUCUGGAGAAUGUGAGGAAUUACUUGGAUGCAGAUGCUCUAAUAAUUGGUUCCUAUUUCAAGAAAGAAGGAUAUUGGGCAAAUGCUGUUGAUCCUGACCGAGUCAAGAAAUUCAUGGAGCACAUAAGUAAACUGAGAGAAUGAGUUUGUCAGCAAACACUGUUUGUGUUUGUUUGUAGAAAUGCAGUGUGGUAAGUCCUACAGAAUUAAAGCACAGAUGUGUGGCCGAAUGGCAAAUAAUACUAAAUAAAAAUGCACAUCCUCUCCAUAACUAGCUGGGAAGCUUGGUGACAUACUGCACAAUAACCUGCUGCCCUGAUGUUUGCUUAUAGGCAGCACAUUUCUGUGGUGCUCAAAGCCACCAUCAAUGCAAAGCCAACUCUGAAAUCUUGUGUGAGAUAUUCUCUCCGUAAGUUAAAUGCUUGCGGAGUUUAAGAAUUUUUAGAAAAUGUUCAUCACAGGUGAGCUGAGUUCUGUUUUGCCUUUAAGUACAGUAGUAUGCCCUAAGUUUACAGCUAAAAGUGUUGUAAAUUGGACAAGUUAACUAGCCUUUCAGUUUCCCCAUCUGUAAAAUGAUGAUAAUAGCACCUACAUCACACAGGGGCCAUAAGACAUAAUGAAGGAAAGAAUGUACAGCACUUUCAUCUCUCUAAAUGAAGGGCUCUUUUAAAGUUCAAGAUCAUUAUUUUUUCAUUAGAAUUGUGCAUUUAUACAAUUGCUACAUUUUUGUAAUACCACACAAAAAUUUAAGAUAAUUGGGGUAUUGAUUUACUUACAAU